AUUAAAGUCAUCGAAAGAUUAACGUGAUUAUGGUCAUCACGAGCUUUUUGAGUUCAACUCUCGUUCUCACUCAUCACCUCAUUAAUGACCGUUUGUUCUGAACAAAGUUGGACUGUUAGAGCAGACGAAGCUCCUCGAGCGCAAUCAUGGAGCCUGUAGCCUAGGGUUUGCUCUAACGACUUACCGUAAAAUCGCAGCUCUCACCGUCACGGACCUUGUUUUCCGUCGCAGAUUUGCCAACUCCACCGUUAACCACCACCUGUCUCGAUCGACGUCGCGUCGCCACGAUUGCCUCCUGCACCGUACGGGAAGUGAAUAAAGCGAGGAUCCUCCAAGAUGAAGUGCUUGUCCUGAAGCAUCUGUGAGAGUUUGCACUCGGGCUGGAAUCUGAUCCUGGGCUGGGGAAACUUGCGCUCGAGAGCAUGAGGUUAGUGAAAAAUGCUGCUGGGUAUGGAGAUGGACCCGAAAAUUAAGGCUCGAAUCUCGGAUAAUACUGGCGAGAAAUCAGAGAUGAGUGCAAAUGCUAAUUCAUCAGGACAAGUGGAUAAAGUGGAUGAAGAAAGUAAAUCUGUUACAAUUGAAAAAGCUCCCCCAGUUUCUACACUUGGAGGAUCAGGAUCCAGCUUGAUUCAGGGAGAGGAUACUGUGACUAAAGGAGAGAAUUUGGUAUCCAAAUCUUCGAGCAAAACUGAUAAAGGACGAAAAUCAUCAUCUCGUUCAAAAAACCAUUCCAGCAAGAAGAAAGUGAAGGUGGAUUGGACACCCGAGCUGCACAAGCAGUUUGUCCAAGCAGUUGAACAGCUUGGCGUAGAUAAGGCUGUUCCUUCCAAAAUUCUGGAGCUUAUGGGAAUUGAUUGUCUUACUCGCCAUAAUGUUGCAAGCCAUCUUCAAAAAUACCGAUCCCAUCGCAAACAUAUGCUCGUUCGAGAAACUGAGGCAGCAGCCUGGAGCCGUAGGAGGCAAAUAUAUGGGAAAGACAACUCGAAUUCGUGGACUGUGCCAAUCACACGUUUUCCUCCCGUUACACCAAUGCCUCAUAUUAGACCCUUACACGUUUGGGGUCACCCAUCUGUCGACCAAUCAUCAGCUUGCAUGUGGCCCAAUUACGCGCCGCCCUAUCAUCUUCAGUCACAACCUCCUCCUCCGCCAACUGAACCAUACUUUUGGUACCAAGAUGUUCCUGCACCUGGAAUGCCUUGCUUUCCUCCGCAUUUUCCCCACACGACGGUUGCAACUGUACCUGGCUUUCCAUCUAAUUCGAUGUACAGAUUACCACCAGGCUUUGGAGUCCCCAUCAGAUCAAAUGACCAAAUUGUACCCGAACCAUCAUUAGACUCCCAUCCGUCGGAAGAGAGGAUAGAUGCAGUCAUUGGUGAAGUUUUAUCGAGGCCAUGGUUGCCUCUGCCUCUCGGACUCAAAUCGCCAGCUGUCGAUAGUGUUUUGGUCGAACUUCAACGCCAAGGAAUAUCAAAGAUUCCUCCCACUUGUUUUUAAGUGUAGCUCUUUUUUUUUAUUUGUUUAGGAAAAUAAGGGAACCUCUUAAGUCUUAAUCCAUCUAAUGGAAAUAAAUGUGUCUUUUUGAGUUCUUCCAAAAGCCCUUUUAGUUUUUAGUUGUGAAUUUUCUUGAUUUGACUCUCAUAGAGUUGAGUUGAGUUGAGUAUUUAUCAACUAUGAAGAAGCACUACAUGUAUAGAGUACAGCAUGCUGUGGUAUUUCCACACUUUGUUCUAACGGAAGAUAACUUUGCAAUUGCGUUUUCUUUUCGAACUCUGCGUUGUAUAUUCAUUGAAAUACAUUACAGAAAG